CGCCCUCAUCGUCCCGCUGCGCCCUCCUCACGCCGCCAACGCCCGCACGCUGCUUCGGUCCUCGGCUCUCGGGCGUGACUGCCACACCUGACUUGGUCCUGCGUCGGCGCUGGACGAGCAUCACUCGCGUCCCCACAAUGUCGCUUGCCGGACCGAGUCUGCGGGCCGUGCGGCAUGCUGCAGCGCGCCUGACGGCGACUGCACCACCAGGAGCAGCUGCGCUCUCGACGCCACGGCGAUCACGCUCGGAUGCCAAGCCUGAGCACUCAGCGGCGCUCUUAGCCCUCAAAGCUGGUCCGUCAGCGUCGCGAGCGCGCACGGUCGUUGCUGAUGCGGGACUAGUGGCGCCGAACACGCCUCGCACACAGCCGGGAUCUUCCAGGCGCUCUGGCACUGCGUCAUCCACUGGCCAGCUCGCCUCGCUGCGCAGCGUACCGCGGCCUCUGCGGCUCUCGCUGGUGGCCCGGCCGCUGCACACCGCCUCGCUCGCCACGCCUUCGCUGCCACCGCCGCUGCCGCUGCGCUGCACCGUGCUCGACGCCAGCGGCAGUGUCAAGGUCAUCUCCGGCACCUUCUCGCGCGCCGCGCUCUGCGCAGAGCAUCAUCUCGAGCCGCGAGACUUGCGCAAGGUCGACUCGCGCGUGCCGAACGUGGUGCCGACGAUCUUGGUGCGGGAUGAGGCGUUCCUGGUCAAUGUGCUGCAUGUGCGGGCACUCGUGAAGAAGGAUCAGGUGCUGCUGUUUGACUCCUUCGGCUCGACAGACACAGCGCUGCACUCGGCCUUCAUCUACGCCCUCACACACAACCUCUCGCUCUCGGCGCCCACCACGCUGCCGUACGAGUUCCGGGCGCUCGAGUCCAUCCUGUCCUCCGUGCUUUCGGCGCUGAGCUCAGAGGUAGCGAUGCUGCGCGGGCUCAUCAGCUCGCUUCUGAAUGCGCUCGAAGCAAACAUCGACCGCGACCGCCUGCUGGCGCUGCUGCUCUAUACGCGCAAGCUGCGUGCCUUCGAUGCGCGCUGCCGCGGCACGGCCAGGUGCGUGCGCGACCUGCUCGAGGACGACUUGGACAUGGAGCAGAUGUACCUCACCGAGCGCCGUACGGGCACCGGGCGGCAUCAGGAGCUCGAGCUGCUGCUCGAGAGCUUCGACAAUCAGGUCGAGGAGCUCAUCGCGGAAGGCGAUGCAAUGUCGUCCAAUAUCAACAAUACCCGCGAGAUCAUCGACCUGAUCCUCGACUCGAACCGCAACAACCUGCUCGCCCUCGACCUGCGCACGUCGAUCACCACCCUCGGCGUCAGCGCCGGAACGCUUUGGGCUGGCCUCUUCGGCAUGAACUUGAUCUCUGGCUUUGAGCAGGGCCCGAUUGCGUUCUACGGCGCCACCGGCGCGGCCUUCGCCUCGGUCUUCAUCGUUGCGACGAUCGGGCACCGCAAGCUCGAGCGCGCCCGGCGCGUGGGCCUCAUGACGGGCGGCCGCGGACGCCAGAACGUCGUGCCCUCGUGGUGGGGCGCGCGCAUGCGCAAGCGCGACCGCUCGUCGGUGCAGGAACCGUGGCUUGAUGCCGAGGGCAUGGGCAUCGGCGGCGGCAUGUCGAGCUCGGAUGCUCUCAACGCACAUGGAGCCGCCUACGCCUGGAACUCGUCCUCGCUGGGCCGCGGCCGCGGCUUGUCAGUCGCUGACGACGAAGCGGCGCGCCACGCGUCGAGCUCGCAGCAGGAGAAUGGCCUCUACGCGCCGGCAGCAGCAGCCAUCUCGCGAGGACAGAUGCACUCUCGACGAGGCCCGCUGUACAUGCACGCUGCAGGCUUCGAGCCUUCGGAGGAGGAUGAGGACGGUGAAAGCUCUCCGGUGCCGGCAGCUGCCCGACAGAAGGCGGCGCAGACCGCGCUUGUCAAGCGCGCUGAAUCAGAGGGCAGCGAUGGCGGAGCACAGGCAGACCGGCCACGAUAGAGGCCUGUGGACGCGCACAGCACAUGCAAAUACAUGCUUUACCCGGG